AGGGGACUGGCAGGAACCGGAGCAGCACUGCCGCCUCUGGCGCGAAGGCUCAGGCGCCUCCUCCCGCCCCAAUCACUGUGGCUCGGCGCACGCUGCCGGCGGCUGCCCUUUCCGCCUCUCGGGAAGAGGACCCGUGGGCCACUGUCGCGAUCCAACCAUGGCCUCCGGCCGCAGAGGCUGGGACAGCUCCCACGAAGACGAUCUGCCCGUGUACUUGGCCAGGCCGGGCACCACCGACCAGGUCCCGCGGCAGAAGUACGGCGGCAUGUUCUGCAACGUGGAGGGCGCCUUCGAGAGCAAGACGCUGGAUUUCGAUGCCCUGAGCGUGGGGCAGCGGGGCGCGAAGACUCCCCGGAGCAGCCAGGGCAGCGCCCGAGGCUCGGGGAGCAGAUCCGGCGCCGAGGGGGACACACCGCGCCGGGGCCAAGGCCGAGAGGAGAGCCGGGAGCCCGCGCCCGCGUCGCCCGCUCCCGCUGGGGUGGAGAUCCGGAGCGCCACGGGCAAGGAGGUUUUGCAGAACCUCGGCCCCAAGGACAAGAGCGACCGUCUUCUGAUCAAGGGAGGCAGAAUCGUCAAUGAUGAUCAAUCCUUUUAUGCUGAUAUUUACAUGGAAGACGGCUUAAUAAAGCAAAUUGGAGACAAUCUGAUUGUCCCUGGAGGGGUGAAGACCAUUGAGGCCAAUGGGAAAAUGGUGAUUCCUGGAGGCAUCGAUGUCCACACUCACUUCCAGAUGCCCUACAAGGGAAUGACCACAGUGGAUGACUUCUUCCAAGGGACCAAGGCUGCCUUAGUGGGGGGCACCACCAUGAUCAUUGACCACGUGGUGCCCGAGCCUGAGUCCAGCCUGACGGAGGCCUAUGAGAAGUGGCGGGAGUGGGCCGAUGGCAAGAGCUGCUGUGACUAUUCCUUACACGUGGACAUUACCCACUGGAAUGACAGCGUCAAGCAGGAGGUGCAGAGCCUUAUCAAAGACAAAGGGGUGAACUCCUUCAUGGUUUACAUGGCCUAUAAGGAUUUGUAUCAAGUGUCGAACACAGAGCUGUAUGAGAUCUUCACCUGUCUGGGAGAGCUGGGAGCCAUCGCUCAGGUGCACGCUGAGAAUGGGGAUAUCAUUGCCCAGGAGCAAACCCGGAUGUUGGAAAUGGGGAUAACCGGCCCAGAAGGCCAUGUACUGAGCAGACCAGAGGAGCUGGAAGCUGAGGCUGUGUUCCGUGCCAUCACCAUCGCCAGCCAAACCAACUGUCCUCUCUACGUCACGAAGGUCAUGAGUAAGAGCGCAGCCGACCUCAUCUCGCAAGCCAGGAAAAAAGGAAACGUGGUCUUUGGGGAGCCCAUCACCGCCAGCCUGGGCACGGAUGGGACCCAUUACUGGAGCAAGAACUGGGCCAAGGCGGCUGCGUUUGUGACAUCCCCACCUCUGAGUCCUGACCCAACCACCCCUGACUACAUCAACUCCUUGCUGGCCAGUGGGGACCUGCAGCUCUCCGGGAGUGCCCACUGCACCUUCAGCACUGCCCAGAAGGCCAUCGGGAAGGACAACUUCACAGCCAUUCCCGAGGGCACCAAUGGUGUGGAGGAGCGGAUGUCUGUCAUCUGGGACAAGGCCGUGGUAAGCAUCAAGGUCAUAGGAGGGCAUCCAGGGCCAGAUCAGAGCCUCCUGCCACUGUUCCUCUUUGCCCUGUGA